UGAAUGGUUGUGCUGAAAGCGGUAAUUCUUUCAUUCAGUUCGGAGGCUCCGGAGCACUGGAGCCGGGCAGAGGACAGCUCCGUCCGGGAAGUGCCGGAGUAAGUUAUUACUGUAGCGAGAGCUUUGGCACCGCAGAGAGGCCGGCACUCACUCGCGAGGUUUCCCGGCACCGGGAGCAGCCGGAGUUUUUGUUGAUCUGUAGCGGGAGCGGACUCGCUUGGCGGAGCUCCGCCAACAACAACUUGCCUUUAAACAGCGCCUUCUGAAACGUCCCGCGGCCGGUGGGACGGGGGUGGGGGGAGGGGAGGGGUUUUGGGGAGCUACAUCUUGAACAAACACGCUCACCCUCCCGAACCUUGGCAGCACGACUGAGGCUGGAGAGCCCGGAGGGUUAACACCGGGGAGCCCGCUGAGUCUCUGCGGCAGGAUCUUGGGAUAGAGGCACCGCAGAGGAGAGAGAGAGAGAGAGAAGGGGGAGCGCUGUGAUAGCCGGUGGCGCUCAGCUAAACCCGGGAGGCACUCGGCACACUUCCCAACAGAUAUGCCUGAAUGUGAUUGGCCUGCGAUUGCUGCCUGACACCUGAACCAAGGAGCAGGGUUUUAUGUCUCCAGAGGCACUGGGAAGGCAUUUGGAUCAGUGGGCCACUAUAAGGCAAAUUCAAAAGCCACACAUCCAUCAUGGAAGAAAACCCAACAGAACAUCCCAUAAGUGAAACUCAAGAGAAACACUCAACCCCUGAUGGGACAGCAGAAAUGAAUUACACGUGGCCAUGGACUACUUCCUAAGUUAAGAUGAGACUUAACUGCUACAGCAAUUUGAUCAAAAAUCCACCGGCCUGGGAAAUGGGAAUAUAUGGAUCAGGAGUCCUGAUCAUCCUGAUGGUCAUUGGAGUGAACCUCUGGAAACUGUGGAAAUCUGGAAAUUAUCCUGCUCCCUCUCCUUUCCCAAAUUAUGAUUAUAGAUACUUGGAGCAGAAGUAUGGAACAUCAUAUUCAGAGAUUCGACAAAAGAGAACAGUGGGUUCAAGUUAUAAAAAGCCUACAGAGAAAAGUUUUCCCAGCCGUCAAUCGAGCCUAAAGAUAGAUGAACCAUAUGAAACCAUUAAUGAGCUCGGAACUCUGGAACUGAUGACUAAAGAUAUGGAGUUGACGUCCUAUGGACCCAUGAAAAAAUCUGUAUCUACAGACUCAUUGAAUUCCAUAUCUUCUAUUGGUAAUAACUUUGGCCAUGACUUCACUGUUGGUCAAAUUGAGAUGUGCUUGGAGUACAACAUGAACUCAAACACCUUGCAUGUCACUCUGGUACAAGGGAAAGAUUUGCUUGAGAAAGAGGAUGUCAACUUUGAAUCCUGUUUUGUGCGCAUCAGCUUGCUGCCUGACGAGCAAAUUGUUGGAAUUUCACGGAUUCAGAGGAAUGCAUUCUCUGUAUUCUUUGAUGAGAAGUUUUCCAUUCCACUGGACCCUUCUGCUCUCGAGGAGAACAGCCUGCGCUUUUCAGUAUUUGGGAUUGACGAAGAUGACAGAAGCAUCAGCACAGGAUUGGCAGACCUAAAGCUGUCAGAUCUGGAUCUCAGCAGCCGUGCCUUUAAUGCUUGGCUUUAUCUGCAGGAUGUCAAUAAGGCAACAGACACAGUUGGAGAAAUCCUGCUCUCUCUCAGUUACCUACCUACAGCAGAGCGGCUGACAGUGGUGGUGGUCAAAGCAAAAAACCUAGUCUGGAACAAUGGAAAGGCCACGUCUGAUCCAUUUGUGAAAGUUUAUCUCCUUCAAGAUACGAGGAAAAUAAGUAAGAAAAAGACAGCAGUGAAGAGAGAUGAUCCUAAUCCUGUUUUCAAUGAAGCCAUGAUAUUUUCAGUACCUGCGAUUGUUCUACAGGAAUUAUCGCUGAGAAUAACAGUGGCUGAAUGUGAAGAUGGAAGAACUGAGAACAUAGGGCAUGUAAUCAUUGGGCCUGAGACCAGUGGGAUGGGUGGCACUCAUUGGAAUCAGAUGCUGGCAACAUUACGGAAACCUGUCUCCAUGUGGCACGCUCUCCGAAAGAAAUAAUGCAAAGGAACAGUGACAUGUUCUUGACACUUGUGUAAAUAUUUUGCAUGGUGACUAAAUUCUUACACUUUAUUGCUGGUGCUUUGGGAAAUUCAAGUUUGAAAUAUUAAAUUUCCUUUUACUUUAUUGACUUACUUGCAUCAGCUUUGUACUGGAAAAUGUGUAGCCGGAAGAGCCAACUACGUAUCACUGAAGUUGGUAUAACAAAUGAAUGCAUCGAUAACAAGAGCUGAUAUGAAGUGGCUAUUCUAUUGUAUGCUUCAUAUUGAAUAGUUCAUACAUAGAUGAAGAAUGGUCAAAGAUAAUAAAGAAGUAUAUUUGUCUGAUGUUAUUACCCAUUCAGAAAGCAGAGCUAUGUUAGCCCUAGACCUACAAACAGCCCCACAUAUUAAUACUAAACAAAAUCCUUUCCAGAAUAUUUUCCUAUUUCAAAAUAUUUAUGCUGUAAAUUAAAAGAAUUGCAAAUAAUUGACUGAUGUGUUGCAAUGAUCAGACUUUGUGGGUAAGCAGGGAUCCUGGAUGUAUAUAUUGGAAAUGUUUUGUGCAUAUUCUGGCUAUUUAUUAGAGCAUUUUGUCAAAUAAAUAAGAGGACCAAGCCCACUGUUUAUAUUGUGCGUAGAAUGGUAGAUUGUUAGGUUGCACUCGAGGUAUAUGUGGUCUUGAGUUCAUCUGCUGUUAAAAUGUACACAGGUAUCUCUGUAUAUAUAUAUAUACAUUUGAAUUAUCCAUUAUGUUGUGCUGAUGAGUCAGACUUAUUUUAUAUGUAAUUCUCGAUCUUUCCUUCUGAUAUUUCCAUUGAAUGUGCAAUUUAUUAGAAUUUGCCGGUGAAUCAUUGAAUAUGUACUGGUUUUCAAAAUGUGAUUGCUUUACAGAAAAAUGUAGAAAACACUUAGUUCUGUUUGCAACCUAUGUAUGUCUAAUGAUCAAUCCUAGCUUUCUGAUAACUGCUCUGAUAUCCACCUUUCCUGAGUUUGAGAUUUGCAAAUGAUUGGGCAAGAAAGUUUUGCCCCUAUUCUUCCUUGGACAAUAUAUUUAACUUAUCCCCUAAUGUACUUGUACUGCUUGGGUCCUUGCAUUGGAACACAUAUAGAUGGAAUGGCUACAGCUUAGAAGAUUAGUCUUUUCUCAUGGGGUUCCAUUUGAGGCCAUUUCUGGCAGGGUUAAAUAUGUAUUCUUGAUUUUCUGGAAUCCUGAUGUAAUGAAGAGAGAAAUUCAACUUAUUUUUUAAAAAUAUAAUAAAAUAGCAUACAUUACGGUAUGGGAACCUGAAGGCUUCCCCAUUAUAAUUUCAACAGGCACAACCCCUUCCUCCAGAUGUAAUCUCAGCUGUAGGAGCAAAUAGAUCCUGCCACGAUGGGUAUAGCUUUGUUUGUUUGUUUGUACCUUGCUUGCUGCAAAUCCAAUUGUUGGAUUAUAAAGUAUUUGUCUCUUGAGGACAGAUCGCAUUCGGUAAUUAUUUAAAAUAAAUUUAAGCAAUAACAAACAACAAGUAUUAAUGACAAACUGUCUCAAAUAUAUUGGGUCAAUACUCUUGAAUUAAUAAUGGCAUACUGACCCUGAUCGAUGAGUGCUGAUGCUACACUUAAGACAGAGUAAAAGCAAAACAAUUUUGUUGUAAAACAUUGUUUCUAUAAUCAUGGUCAGUUUAACAGUAUUUUAAAUGUACAAUGUGCACCACUGAUAACUGACAUUCUUUAUUAUGAUCUGAUUUCCACUUCAGAUACUAAUAGCCACAAAGAUUAAUUCUCUGCUGCUUGCUUUUCAACAACAACUAUUGUUUAUAGGUGUCUCUGACAAAAGGAAAGUCCAUCUCAGAGCUCUCCAGUUUGCCUUGACAAAUUUUGUGUGAAUCUCUGCUUUCUUAAGGCAGAGUGUUGGGGAGCUACAUUCUUUUCCAAGCUCCGUUAGAAAUGAAAGUAUUAGAUUUUAAAGAUCACACCCAGGAACAGAUCACCACCGUCUCUUUGUAAGGGAGAAGAACUCUUUGUCCCUCUUCAUUCAAUAGGUAUAAACCUUUAUCCCCGACAUGAAGAUCAAUGUUUCAGCUUGGUUCAGGGUAGCAAUUUGCUCAAGUCAUAGAACCCCUACAGUGUGGAAACAGGCCCUUCGGCUCAACAAGUCCACACCAACCCUCCGAAAAGCAACCC